CAAUUAUUUUGAUGAAAGUAGAGGUGGAAAAAGGGGUCGUGGAAUUGGGCUUGAUUUCUGCGACAUUUCUGCAAACAGUUGACGUGUAGUUCAGAGCAAAACAGCUGAAAUCUGACAAUGGCGAUUUGUGCUGUCAGAGGUGGCUGCCCCAGCGACUACGUUGCCAUCUCAAUCGCUAUUCUAUCUGUUAUACUGCUUCUCGUAAAGGCUGGUGUCCCCUAUCUUAUUCACAAGAUCCCGAGACCUAAAGGCAGUGGCUUUUGGCUUGUAGCAAUACAAGUUAUUGCCAGCUUCAACCUUCUAUUGUCGAUUGUGAUGGCCUUCGGUUAUUUGAGGUACAAAAGGAAGCAUUGGUGGAGUUCUUGCUAUAUAUGGGCUGUUUGGGUUGAAGGUCCAUUAGGAUUUGGCUUGCUGUUGAGCUGCCGUGUUGCGCAAGCAUUUCAACUGUAUAACUUAUUCGUUAAGAGACGUUUACCACCCAUCCGGUCAUUUAUAUUUCUUCCAAUGGUUCUCUUGCCCUGGAUUGUGGGUUCAGCAAUUCUUCACGUAAACAAGCCUCUAAACCCCCGCUGCCACAUGAAAACAUUGUGGAUCAUCCCAGUUAUUUCCUUUCACGCCCUGUAUAUUGCUGCAUUGGUUGGAUUCACUGGAGCAGUUCAGCAUAUUGAGUUUAGAUUCCACGAACUCAAGGACCUCUGGCGAGGAAUCCUCGUCUCAGCUUGUUGCAUUGGAGUAUGGAUCGUCGCUUACACUCUGAACGAGAUUCACGAAGAUAAAGCAUUGGUGCAAAUCAUUUCAAGAUCUGUAUUACUAAUCAUGACAAGUUUCCUUCUACUGGCAUUCUUCUCUAUGUCAAUAUCACAACCACUUGCCUCACUUUUGAGCUCGACGAAAAAGGACAAACAGGAUUACAACAUGAUGAGCCGAGCCCUCGGCAUUCCUGACAGUGGGCUUUUAGUACAAGAGGAAUCAAUACAGUCAAUAGAUCCUAACGAACCUUUUGACAAGCUUCUCAUGGACAGAAGAUUCCGUCAGUCGUUUGUUGAAUUUGCAGAUAGCUGUUUGGCGGGGGAAGGUGUCCAUUUCUAUGAGGAGCUGCUGCAGCUCGACAAAAUCCCAGUUGAGGAUCAUGUCAGGAGAAUAUAUAUGGCGCGUCAUAUUAUUGACACAUACAUCACUCCUGGCGCAACAAUGGAGGUGAACAUAUCUCAUCGUUGUAGGCAAGACAUCCUAUCUACCCCUGAUUUGGCACAUCCGGACCUCUUCAAAAACGCGUUGAACGAGCUGAUUCAGUUGAUGAAAAUGAACUUGGCGAAUGAUUAUUGGUCAUCUACGUUCUUUAUGAAAUUGAAAGAAGAGGCGAUGAUGAAAACGGCUGACUAUGAUCUAGAACAGAGCAGUUGGAACUACUCACACCGGCUGAGCUCUGUCCAUUGUACUGAUGACCCUUUCCACCAAGAACAUAGUCCGAGUAAGUUGAGUUCGAGUAGCCGUGAACUAGAGUUGCAGUGACCAUCUUCCUCCCCAAAUCACAGCAAAACAAUAACACUUUCUAGGCCUGGAACGGGAUUGGCUUCUUCCGCUGAAUAGCAGCUAACACGAUGUGGCAGAAAUUGGAGACGGGGCGUUUCUGUUGCCGUAUUGGAGAUGAUGUAUCUUCUACUUCUUCUCCCUUACUUGAUCAUCUGCUAAAUUUUGGUGUUUAAUUAUAUAUAGACUAGCAUAAUUUUAGCAGCUUUUUGUUGGAGAUUAAUAUUUUUUGUGUUUUUAAGAAUUUUAAUUAUAGAAGGAAGAGAAAUAGGAAAACAGUUAGUGAUGGAAGAUUUCUAGGUCUGAACCUACACUGUGUAACCUUAUGUAAAUAGCUUAAUCUAUAUCAGGAAAUGUUAGUUUACUGUCGUACUUCGCUCAUCACGAAUAUUUAUUAUACUCCUUCCGUUCCA